AGAGCCUGAGAAGCCAACUGGGGCCAACCAAGUUUCAGAACCUCUACUGCUUAGCACCAGAAUCACCAGGGAUGAACUGUAUUUGCCAGAUGAUCCUCUGUUCCUGACAGCACAUCCCUCCCCAGAAGAGAAGAGAGGGAGGUGCCGCCUUGAUCCGGCUCAAGCAUUUCCAGGAGACUUCCUCUGGAUGCCACGUCGAGGCCGCCCUUCUGCCGCCGUAGCACGGAGCUGCUGAUUACUGAGUGCGUGGACAUGGCUUUGCUCAGCAACAUCCUAGCGGCCUAUUCCUUUGUCUCAGAAAAUCCCGAGCGAGCAGCUCUGUACUUUGUCUCGGGCGUCUGCAUCGGGCUGGUGCUCACCCUGGCCGCCUUGGUGAUGAGGAUCUCUUGCCACACGGACUGCCGGCAGCGUCCCCGGAAGAAGUUCCUGCAGGACCGAGAGAGCAGCAGCGACAGCAGCGACAGCGAGGAUGGCAGCUCGGACACGGCGUCUGACAUCUCGGUCAGGAGACACCGCCGCUUCGAAAGGACUUUGAACAAGAACGUGUUCACCUCGGCGGAGGAGCUGGAGCGCGCGCAGCGGUUGGAGGAGCGGGAGCGCAUCAUCAGGGAGAUCUGGAUGAAUGGCCAGCCCGAGGUUCCGGGGACCAGGAGCUUGAACCGCUACUAUUAGUGGUGGGAGCCGAAGCCCGCGCGGGGUAGGAAGCCGCCGGCGAGGGCCAGAGUCCGCAGGGAGGGUGGGCAUAGAGCCGAACGCAGUUCUGCUGAAGUCCUGGGGGCAGAGAGAAGCAGGACAUGCCCGUUUUCUAGCCAGGAGACCUGAGCUUUCCUUUUCGACUAAAUUAACGGAGAAGUAGAAAAACCGAGUCAGUUUAUCAACCUUUCCAGGUCGUGGAAUGGUGCUGAAAAACCCUCUCCAGAAAUGUGGAUGGAGAUUAGAGAAACGGGACUGUGGUUUCUCUUGAUUUCUGAGGAUCUCAGAAGUUUCUGCAGACUUCAGUGCUAUGUGUUAUUCCUUUACAAAAGGAAGAUUAUCAUGGCAUGAAGGCUAGGAAAAGCAGUGUGAACUUAACCCAGUAAAUGCAAUUUUUAAAAUGACUCCAUGCUAUGGAGGUGGUACUCAUCCAGAUAGCGUGAUUUAUGAUUAUUAUUUAAGGCUGAUUUUUAAAUCUCGUGUUGCAAUAGCAACCUUGUCCAUUUUAACUGGCACCUCAGGGAUUAAAAUCCUAUUUUUUAGUAUAGUUCCCACCUCAUUCAUGAAAAUGGGUAGAAUUAAUGUAUUAUGGGAGAUGUGUCAGUGUGCUAGAAAAUAUCAAUAACCUCAAAGGAUGAAGGGUUUUAUUAUAAAUAGUUUAUAAAAUAUAUAUUAACGUGCAUAUUUGAAGAUGCAGCAUAAGAAUACGAGCUGUGUUUUCCCCCAUUUGGAGAGAAGAAAUUUUGUUAUGACUCUAGAUGAUGAUGAUUUUAAACAUUUUGUUAAGAAAACAAACAAACAAGUUUGGAUUUCCAAGAAAAGAAUGAGAGUGGGAGAUGAGGAAUAAAGCCAAAAUUAGGAUGAGAUUAAAAAAAUAAAUAAAUGUUACAUAAA